CCAAGCUAUGGAGACCCCAGGUCAGAAGCGGGCGACCCGCAGCACCCACACCCCACUCUCCCCCACCCGUAUCACCCGCCUGCAGGAGAAGGAAGAUCUGCAGGGGCUCAAUGACCGAUUGGCCGUCUACAUCGACAAGGUGCGUUCCCUGGAGCUGGAGAACGCCGGGCUGCGUCUGCGAAUCACCGAGUCUGAAGACGUCAUCAGCCGCGAGGUCACGGGCAUCAAGUCGGCGUAUGAGACGGAGCUGGCGGACGCACGGAAAACUCUGGACUCGGUGGCCAAGGAGAGGGCUCGUCUGCAGCUGGAGCUGAGCAAGAUCCGCGAGGAGCACAAGGAGCUGAAAGCGAGGAAUGCCAAGAAAGAGAGCGAUCUAUUGACAGCGCAGGCCAGACUGAAGGAUUUGGAGGCCCUGUUGAACUCUAAAGAUGCCGCCCUCACCACAGCGCUGGGAGAGAAGAGGAAUCUGGAGAAUGAGAUCAGGGAACUUAAGGCUCACAUUGCAAAGUUGGAGGCCAGCCUCGCCGACACAAAGAAACAACUGCAGGACGAGAUGCUCCGUCGUGUGGAUACUGAGAACCGUAACCAGACGCUGAAGGAGGAACUUGAGUUCCAAAAGAGCAUUUACAACGAGGAGAUGCGGGAGACUAAACGCCGCCAUGAGACCCGACUGGUGGAGGUCGACAACGGGCGCCAGAGGGAGUUUGAGUCUAAAUUGGCUGAUGCCCUUCAUGAGUUGCGUGCCCAACAUGAGGGGCAGAUAGGCCUGUACAAGGAAGAGCUGGGGAAGACUUACAAUGCCAAGCUGGAGAAUGCCAAGCAGUCGGCGGAGAGGAACAGCAGUCUGGUGGGAGAAGCUCAGGAGGAGAUUCAGCAGAGCAGGAUCCGCAUCGACAGUCUCUCGGCCCAGCUCAGCCAACUGCAGAAACAGCUGGCGGCCAGAGAGGCCAAACUUCGGGAUUUGGAGGACGCCUAUGCGCGUGAACGGGACUCCAGCCGCCGGCUCCUGGCAGACAAGGACCGGGAGAUGGCGGAAAUGAGGGCCCGCAUGCAACAACAGCUGGACGAGUACCAGGAGCUGCUGGACAUUAAACUGGCUCUGGACAUGGAGAUCAACGCCUACCGCAAGUUACUGGAGGGAGAGGAGGAGAGGCUGCGUCUCUCCCCCAGUCCCAACACCCAGAAGAGGUCGGCCCGGACCAUCGCCUCUCACUCGGGGGCCCACAUCUCCUCCUCGGCCUCCAAGAGACGUCGCCUGGAAGAAGGGGAAUCGCGGAGCAGCAGCUUCACCCAACACGCCCGCACCACCGGGAAAGUGUCAGUGGAAGAGGUGGAUCCCGAGGGGAAAUAUGUCCGACUGAGGAACAAGAGUAAUGAGGACCAAUCGCUGGGGAACUGGCAGAUCAAGCGUCAGAUCGGGGACGAGACCCCCAUUGUGUACAAGUUCCCUCCCAGACUUACACUAAAGGCCGGACAAACCGUAACGAUUUGGGCAUCAGGAGCUGGAGCCACAAAUAGUCCCCCCAGUGAUUUAGUGUGGAAGGCCCAGAGCUCUUGGGGAACAGGCGACAGUAUUCGCACAGCUCUGCUCACAUCAAGCAAUGAGGAAGUUGCUAUGAGGAAACUGGUGCGAACUGUGGUCAUCAAUGAUGAAGAUGAUGAAGAUAAUGAUGAUAUGGAACAUCACCACCACCAUCAUCAUCAUCAUCAUGAUGGGCAGAACUCUAGUGGAGACCCCGGGGAGUACAACCUGCGCUCUCGCACUAUCGUUUGCACCAGCUGUGGGCGCCCAGCUGAGAAGAGUGUCCUGGCCUCCCAGGGUUCUGGGUUGGUCACUGGAUCAUCAGGUUCUUCUUCCUCCAGCGUCACCCUUACUCGGACCUACCGUAGCACAGGGGGAACCAGCGGGGGCAGUGGCCUCGGGGAGAGUCUGGUCACCAGGAACUUCAUUGUUGGAAAUGGCCAACGUGCCCAGGUCGCCCCGCAGAACUGCAGUAUAAUGUAACCGGAUGCCACCACUGUUCUUAUCACCAAGUGCCCAAGCUAAAGAGAAUUUUUUGUUUUUUUAAUGUAUUUUAUUUUUUUUUUAUACUGCAAGAAUUUUAUAAAGG